AAGUUUGUCCUGUGGAGAGAGACUGACUGUCUCAAGCAUCAAAGGAUGUUUGUUCUCAUCUGGGCGACUCUGUUUUUCUCUGUGAGAAGCAGCAAUGCUGAUACAGGUGCAUCAGUGGGAGGAAGACAACAAUGUUUACGCUUCCUAUAUGGAUACUGUAUCACUCUGCCUGAAGGAGAAAUAACAGCUGAGGCCGGACUCUGUGUUGUGAUACCGUGCUCUUUCACUACUAGUUAUAGCUUUACACCCCAAAAGCUAGUUUGGUACAAAUGUGAACCAACUGAAGAAAAAUGUAGUGAUUCAGACGUUAUAUUCCACACUAACAAAAACAACAUAAAAAUUCAGUCUGAGUUUAGAGGGCGAGUGUCACAGUUGGAGCCUGAUGUGAGUCAGAGGAACUGCAGCAUCAUCAUCAAUGACCUGAAGGAGUCAGACUCUGGAUCAUAUCAAUUCAGAGUUAAUGGUAUUCUGAAUGGAAGAUCAGAUGGGUUGACAUACCCUCCAAGGGCAACUGUCUCUAUUAAAGCUCUGACUCAGAAGCCCGAGGUGACGAUUCCUCCUCUGACAGAGGGACAGCAGACCACACUGACCUGCACUGCUCCUGGUCUCUGCUCUGGAUCUGAUCCUCAAAUCACCUGGACGUGGAGAGGAGCAGGAGAGAAAGGCUCCCACAUCACAGGAAACAUCACUGAUUUCAAGACUGAGAGUCUGUCCGCUGUCACACAGAAACACAGUUCAAAUUUGACCUUUAACCCUUCAGCUGAACACCACGGCACCAGUGUCACCUGUAAGGUCAGCUUCACAGGAAACGCUGCAACAGAGGAGACAGUGACUCUGAAUGUGACCUAUGUGAAGGAAAUUAGAGUCACUGGGGAUACAAGUGUGAAGGAGGGUGAGACUGUGAAUCUGACCUGCAGUGUUGACAGUUUCCCUCCAUUACUCAUCGUGUGGACUAAACUGUCCGACCUAAACAUUCAAAAUGGAACAGAAACUAAUCUGCACAACGACACAUUAACUGACCUGCAGAACGACACUGAAACUUACCUGCAGCAAGGAAGUGGAGUGGCCACUCUCUCCAUCUCUAAUGUGACAGAAGAUGAAUCUGGGCUGUACAUCUGCACAGCAAAACAUCUGAAUAACAGCUGGAAGAAAAAUGUGAAUGUAACAGUGAUAUAUAUGAGAGAACCUGGGAUCACUGGGGAUACAACUGUUAAGAAGGGAAGUGCUCUGAAUCUGACCUGCAGCCUUGAAAGUUUCCCUCCAUCUCUUAUUACAUGGACUAAACUUGGCCUCAAUACAAACCUGCACAAUGGAACUAACCUGCAGAGCAACACUGGAUCUGCCAGACUUCUCAUCCCUAAUGUGACCGCAGAAGAUUCUGGACAGUACGUCUGUACAGCAAAACACCUGGACACGAAUGUGACUAUUUAUGCUGAUGUGACAGUGACUUGGUUUUCAAAGAUCUCAAAAAACUCUAGAUGUGAGGUUCAGUCGGAGCUCCUGACCUGUGUGUGUAUCACUGAGGGGAUUCCCUUACCCACCAUCAAAUGGCCGCUGUUGAAGAACUACACUGAGUACUCAGUCAUUACCACUGUGACAAACCACACAGUCAACAGCACCGUCAUUCUCACUGUAAAAGAUCCCAGCAACACUGUUGUUGACUGUGUCAGCGGCAAUGAAAAUGGGGAAGCAAAGAUGAACCUCAACAUCCAAAAAAACUCUAUCACACAAGAACCAUCCAAUCCAUUAUUAAAAAGUAUUUCACGGUUGGAAACCAUCAUUGCCUUUUUGAUUGGUGUUCUUCUUUCAGCAAUCAUCUGCUGUUUCGCAAAAAAAUGCCACAGAAAAAAAGCGAACUCUGGAAAUCUGGAUGAGACUGUGGAGAUGGUGACCAGUCAAGAGGAUCCGCUGAUACAUGAUGGUCAAGCAGUAGAAGAUGAUCAGACCCACGGCCGAAAGGGAGCUGAAGAUGCAGCUGUGGCAGCAGAGAAAACAGCCCCUGUACUGGACACUGGGCCAAAAGACGUGGAGUACGCCAGCAUUGACUUCUCACUGUUGAAAAGAAGGAGUCUCAGGCAGGCGGCAAAGAAACAAGAGACCGCAGAGACAGAGUAUGCUGAAAUCAAAAAAGAAGUAAAAGAGGAAAGAGAAGACGACGGUGGAGAAGAAGGUGAAAUGUUGGAGGGGAAAGAGGAGAGGGUCAUGAAGGAGGAGGAUGAGGAGACAAAAUGCUGUGUCCCAGGAGAGGAGGAAGGGGAGGACAUGGCGGUGUACUCCAAUGUAAAGGAUAUAAUGGGUGAGAUGUAAGGAUUGUGUCUUGGAAAUGCCUGAAGAUAAAGUGUCAUUGCUCUCAUCAGAUGUAAUGGAUUAACACCACCAGCGCUGUGAUCUUCAAAAGCCAAAUUCAGCUUGUGAUAAACUGUGACUGAGAUACGUAACACCUCUACAUUUUUGGUGCUAUGCAUCUGCACUCAUUUGACUCAAGGUGGACUGGAAGUUGGGCAGAAUUUCCUCAUUCAAGUGUUAUUGUGCUGUAGUAUGUUGUGCCCUUUUGGUCCAAGUGGUUAUCUGUUUUUGGUAAUAAAUGUCAGUCCGUCCGCCACCUUGAUUCAGACUAAAAAAUCGAAACCAUUGAACAAACUGCCUUCAAACUUUGUACAGACAUGAUAUAGAUUAGAUUAUAUACAGUACACUGAAAGAGUAAGAUCCCUUCCUAGAGUAGUUCCAUUGUACGCAGUGUCAUCUACUGAUCUCAUUCUCUGCAAAGUAAGCAUUACAAGAUGGAGUUAAUGAGACUUCAGCGGUCUGAAUUUGACAAAUCAAGAAGGUGUCCCUAGAAUAUAUACCCAAUAUCAGUUUCCUUGUUUCUUGCUGAUUUGCAGUGGGUGGAUGGUAAUGACAUUUCAGUUGCCUAUAGCUAUUUGUAUUUUAUGCCUUUAGGGAUUACAGAUCAGUGCAAUGUCAGUUUUAAUAAUCUUCAUUUUAUCAUGUUAUUUCAAGCUAAUUUGCUUCUAUAGCUCUGUUAAAGCUGCUGCUCUUCAGCAGGUCAUGGAUUACUUCCCCUUUUGAAAAAUGUGUUAAAAAUCAGGUUGACUCUCAGUACUAAGUAAGCAGGUUUUAUGUUUUAACAGAAAAUACAUUUGUUUAUGUUUGGAGCUAACCCAUUGAGUUGUCAGUUUUUAAGCUUUUCAUAUAUUUUGCAAUAUCUACAGGUUCUGUGACAGUUCAGUGAGUGUUGAAUCAGUAACUGAUAAGGACAGCUAUAGUUUGUGGCUAAAAUGGCCGUUAAUAUCUAUGUGUGUGAAAAGGAAGUUAUUAAACAGAAUCCAGUGAUGCCAUAUUAGGCAAAGUAAGAUGACUAAUUGCUUGAUCCACCUCUCUGAGAACGCAGCUUUGAAAGACUUUGCACAAUACACCAUUGAACCAAAAAAGAAACACACUGUUUCAAAUGCAAAAGUUCUUACCACAAGGUUUUAUGCAGUUCAUAUAAAGAACUCGGAUGAACCCAGAUCAUUUCUUUUUGAAUCUGCAGGUAUUUAAUGCGCCUAAUCAUUGACAGGGUUGUCUUUUUUCAUGU